CUCCAACUUGCUUUGGCAACUCUUUUCAGUCGCUGCUUUAUGCGAACAGCCUUUUAGAAUUUUUUCAUCGGUGGUCGCGUCGAAGUCAAUGUUCGUUACAGAGGAAUCUGUCAACCAUAAUUAACGAAGAGUGCCACUGUUUACGAAAAAAAAAAAAAAAGAGAGCUAUAAUGGCCUUUAAACACACCGGUUACGAAACUCGCAUUCAGUAACCAGCCACCUCGUGAGACUUUCCGGAGAGAUAGUUGAGGCGUAAUGGCAGCUUGCAGGUUAUACGAUAACUCGCAGUAAUCGGCGAGGUCAUAUCGUUCACUGCGAUUGUUAGUUUUUGUGAACUACGGUAGAUGGCACGGUAAUCUGUUAACGUCUAAAUUCUCAAUCAGCGUUGGCGUCGAUAUUUUCGUACAUCUUUGGCCAGUUUCGCCAUCUUGCACGAAUAAACUGCUCGUGCCUCGUGCCGGCCCGGGGUCCAGCGGGCCGGAAGCAGCAGCAGUUGGCUCCGAACGCUGUCGUCGGGAAGUGGCACACCCGUUUGCGCCAGCGAUCUUCCUCCCAGCCGCCCAGGGUCACAGCUGAACCAGCCGGCAAGAGCGCCGCUGAAAAAAGAAAGAAAGAGCCCUGAAUGCGCAGCGCGAUGCCACCGACACGACCCCCGGUUCCGGCUGUGCGACCCAUGGCACCAACGACGACACCCACUGCGGCGGCGGCGGCUGCUGCUGCUACAAACACACCCGCUGCUCCAACUAUCAGACCCACGGUUCCGGCCCCGGCGGCCCUGAGGGCCGGUGGUGGAGCGGCGGCGAGACCCGCCAUGAUGGCAGCGCCUCCCGCGAUGGCCGCGCCACCUGGAGGCGUCAUGAUGCUACCGGCAGCCCAGCCGCCAGUGAGAUCACGUGGCCCGUUUGUUCAGAUGCCGACGCUACAGCUCGUGCAGCCCAACGUGCAACCGAUAGCGGGCUGCCCCGCCGGACUCGAGUACCUGGCGCACGUCGACCAGCUGCUAGUGCACCAGCAGAUUCAGCUCCUGGAACUGAUCGUGCCAUUUGAGCAGGAGAACAAGUACGUCGUCAAGAACACCAUGGGCCAGUUCAUCUUCAUGGCGUACGAGAAGAGCGACCUGGCCAGCCGCUGCUGCUGCGGCAGCAUCCGGCCCUUCGAGAUGUCGCUGCUCGACUACCGGAGCGUCGAAGUGUUGCGGCUGUACCGGCCGCUCCGCUGCGACAGCUCCUGUUGCUUUUGCUGCCUCCAGGAGAUGGAGGUUCACUCUCCGCCGGGCAACAUCAUCGGCUCGAUAAAGCAAGACUGCUCCGUCAUCUUCCCCUACUUCUCGCUUCGGGACAGCGGCGGCAACGUAGUGCUCCGGAUCAUCGGGCCAUUUUGCACUUCGUCCAUCUGCUGCAACGACGUCGUCUUCGACAUCACGACGAGGGACGGCAAAACAAAGAUCGGCCAGCUCUCGAAGAACUUUAACGGCCUGUUGCUGGAGGCCAUGACCGACAUCGACAACUUCACGGUGACCUUCCCCAUCGACCUGGACGUCAAGAUGAAGGCCACGCUGCUAGGCGCGGUCUUUUUGAUUGACUUCAUAUUCUUCGAGAGCGCCGCCGGUGGGUCCAACAUGGAUCUUCCCGGCAACAUCAUAAAUUAGUUAUUCGACGAUCGCCGAUUUUGUCCUGAUGCCUCCCUAAAGACACACCAGGCUGCUCACACAGGCUGCAGCCGUGACACGUCUUCAGGGCCUGUGCGCGGCCGACUGCGUGUUUCUGAACGCAGCCCCGGCAGUAUUUUCGCGCUCACUGCUACGCUCACGUGAAGCAGCUUGUUUUCCGAUUUCGUCGUGCCCUUCUUGCACGUUGCUUUUCUUGGGCCUGCAGAUCGCGCUAUAAAUUAA